AUGCCCACGCCGCCAGCCGCAAGGCGCACGCUGCCCGCCCACCCGGAGGCCGUCCGGAGGCGUCGCAGGAGGCGGCCCGUCCGCCGGCGUCCCCGUCCGGACGCGGCGCAGGAGGCGGCCCGGUCGGAGGCGGCGCUGGAGGCGCAGGCGGCGCAGGAGGCACCCCGGCCGGAGGGGGCUCCGCCCGGACGCCGCGCCGGAGGCAGCUCGGCCGGAUGGGGCCGGCGGGAGGCGGUGCAGGAGGCGCCCCGGCCGGAGAGGGCUCCGCCCGGAGGCCGCGCCGGAGGCAGCCCGGCCGGAUGGGACCCGGCGUGGGGCGGCGCAGGAGGGGGCUUCGGCCCGAGGCGGCGCAGCAGGCAGGCCGGCGGCCCGGCGGCGGCCACGGACCCGCCCAGUACCGGACGCGCCUGUGGGGGAGCUGGAGGCCGCGGCGCAGUCGGAUGGCGGCCGGAGAAAGUUUCGAACGCGGGGCGCGGGGAAGAGGACCUGGCGCGCCGCGCGCGGGUUGGGCUGUCCGUCCGCUUCAACGCGUUGAAGCCUAGCGUUCCGGUCCGUUCGAUGGGGUUUGGAUGA